UGCGCCUCAGCUGUCACGACUCGAACAUUGCUGCGGUUUCUGCGGUGGAAACAUGGCGAUGAGGGCGAUCAGAGGGAUGGUGAACGGGGCCAUGAGCGAGUUUUCAUCGGCCGUCAGCGGGAACAGACCGACGGCCGCCGCUCCGGUCCACCCGGCCGCCGCCUCCAGGGAGCAUGCGAUGGCUGUUAGCCGGGAUUACAUCUCCCAGCCCCGCCUGACCUAUAAAACUGUUUCUGGAGUCAAUGGUCCUCUGGUGAUUUUGGAUCAAGUCAAGUUUCCAAAGUACGCUGAGAUUGUCCAUCUCACUUUGCCUGAUGGUACCAAGAGGAGUGGGCAGGUGCUGGAGGUCACUGGGUCCAAAGCUGUGGUGCAGGUGUUUGAGGGCACUGCAGGCAUCGAUGCAAAGAAGACCAGCUGUGAAUUUACUGGAGACAUCUUACGGACGCCUGUCUCUGAGGACAUGUUGGGGCGUGUGUUUAAUGGUUCUGGCAAACCCAUCGACAGAGGACCGGCAGUGCUGGCAGAAGACUUCUUGGACAUCAUGGGCCAGCCCAUAAACCCCCAGUGUCGCAUCUACCCAGAGGAGAUGAUCCAGACUGGCAUAUCUGCCAUUGAUGGCAUGAACAGCAUUGCUAGGGGACAGAAAAUCCCCAUCUUCUCUGCUGCUGGGCUGCCACACAAUGAGAUCGCAGCUCAGAUCUGUCGACAGGCCGGUUUGGUGAAGAAGUCCAAGGACGUGAUGGACUACAGUGAGGACAACUUCGCUAUUGUUUUUGCAGCCAUGGGGGUCAACAUGGAGACUGCCAGGUUCUUUAAGUCAGACUUUGAGGAAAAUGGAUCUAUGGACAAUGUCUGUCUGUUCCUCAACCUGGCCAAUGACCCCACCAUUGAGCGAAUCAUCACUCCCCGUUUAGCUCUGACAUCAGCAGAGUACCUGGCCUAUCAGUGUGAGAAGCAUGUCCUCGUCAUCCUCACCGACAUGAGCUCCUACGCCGAGGCCCUUCGAGAGGUGUCUGCUGCCAGAGAGGAGGUGCCGGGCCGCCGAGGUUUCCCUGGCUACAUGUACACUGAUCUAGCCACCAUCUAUGAGAGGGCCGGCAGAGUAGAGGGCCGAAACGGCUCCAUCACCCAGAUCCCCAUCCUCACCAUGCCCAAUGAUGACAUCACCCAUCCUAUUCCUGACCUGACCGGUUACAUCACUGAGGGACAGAUCUAUGUGGACAGACAGCUUCACAACAGACAGAUCUACCCCCCCAUCAAUGUUCUUCCAUCUCUCUCUCGACUGAUGAAGUCUGCUAUUGGGGAGGGAAUGACCCGCAAAGACCACUCUGAUGUUUCCAACCAGCUUUAUGCAUGCUAUGCCAUAGGGAAAGAUGUCCAGGCCAUGAAGGCGGUGGUGGGAGAAGAGGCUCUUACUGCUGAUGACCUGCUAUAUCUGGAGUUCCUUACUAAGUUUGAGAAGAACUUCAUUUCCCAAGGAGCCUAUGAGAACAGGAGUGUGUUUGAGACUCUGGACAUCGGAUGGCAGCUCAUGAGGAUCUUCCCCAAAGAAAUGCUGAAGAGAAUCCCUCAGAACACCCUGGCUGAGUUCUACCCCCGAGAAUCCAAACAUUAGUUCCCCCCCCACACACAUACACACACAUAUGCACACCCCCCACACGCUCCGCUUCCUGUCCUCUCCUCCGGCUGAGGCCUCACUCUGUAAAUACAGUGUAGUGUUGUGACGCUGUAACCAUGCCGAUGCUUGCUGCUUUCAUCUGACAUUGAGGGUAAAUCGUCCCGGCAUAAACAGGAAGAGAAAAAGACUGAACUGGAUUUUUAGAAGUUUGUCUCCAUAGUGGAUGUCAGGAGCUUCCUGUGGAGAAGAAUGUGCACAUUAAAUAUGUCAAGAAAAUGAUGUGGACUUGUUAGCAGCCACUAGAGGGCGCACAUGGCAGAGUUUAAGUCCAUCUGAGGGAUCUGUUCUGAAGCCUAAGGGAACGCCAUUAUUUACUGAAUGUCUACAUCAUUUCUGUCAUCGCAUGAAGAACACUGAAUGCUUUAUGUGUUCCACAUGUUUUCUUUCUGAGGCAUAGAAAAUCUGAUUGAUUCUCAGGAAGUCAGAGUGAGCUAAAGGUAAAUAAAAAUACAGAAAGAAAACCGCAGAAAAGGAGCAAAUCAUUCAGUCAAACAGUUUAAUUUUGAUAACUUAACCUUAAUUAAACUCACCUUGUUCUGCUCAGUUUUGCUCUUCUAACUGAAGCAUUUAAACUUUUUAUUAGACUCUCUUACCAGUUGCAAACAUAUCCUGUAUAAAAGGGUGAUAUCGUUUUGUAAAUUUGCUCCAUUGUUUAUCCAUGUCAACUAUGACAGCUCACAUAAAGGAAAGCAUGAAAAAUGCUUUAUUAUACCAAAUAAACAGGCCUGAGCUUCUCAAAAGCUUCUCAGGAUUUUUAUCCCCAUAAAAAAAUUCUGCCUUUCAGCAGCUUUGUCAAAUAUUGAAUAUAUCAUAAAGAAACUGUAUGUUGCUCUCAGUUUAUAACCAGCCAGCUAGAUGGAUGCAUUUUAAUGCUCAUAUUAAUAUAAAAUCAGAUAACAAGCCAGCCGAUCCAUUCAUGGAAACACAAUCCAUUCCUGAUUCCUUCAGCUUCUCUCGACAGACUCUUGUUAUCGAGGUGUCAGUCAGAACGGGCUCUGAUCCAUAUUAAAGAUAUAGGGCAGUCUGAGCUGUGCAGCUCCAUUUCCCUUUACAUAUGACAGAAAAACAGGACAACAUGCAGUUACCAUGCAAACAGAGAGAUUGGGUUCUGGAGACAAACCUGCCUCGUUUAGAACCGGACCAGAGAGAAAAAACUUCAGCUUCAUGUCUGUAAGCAGGAAAUUGACACCAGUGGAGUUAUGGAGCCACUCCUGGUUUAUUGUUGUUGACAGGUAACUGUGGAAAAAAGACUGUUUCUCACUGAUGUAUUUACAAGCUGCGGUUUUAUCCCAGCCCAGAUUGUAGCUGCAGAACUGAUCAAAUUAACUUUAAUUUAUAAUUCUCCUUUCAAAAUUAAAAGGUUCUCCUUAGUUUGUAUACGGUUAGAGCACACAUUUAAGAUCUGAUGGGACACAUUUAAGUCAGCUGAUACCUUGUGCUGUCCCUGAAUAGAUCAUCAUCAACAUAGAAUGAAUGAUACGUUUAAAAAUGUACUGAAAUGAAUUUAUCUCACCUCAAUUUUUUCAGUUUUUUAUUUUUAUUUUUGGUGGAAAUCUGUUAAAUGUUUAGUUCUGUUCUCAGCGCCCGUCGUGUUUUAUUUAGAUCAUGUAAGAUAUGAAGAGAACUCAAUCAAUGAAACUAAAGUAUAAAAUGUCUUCUGGCCUUUUUAAAAAGUUUUUAAUUCGACCGCCUUUGUUUGAGUCCAGCGGAGUUAAGAUCUGUUUGGAAACAAAAAUAUUUAAUAAGUAUCACUUUGUUAUAAAGGUUCCUAUGUUCCCUUCAGACCAUGAGCUGAAUUACUGUAUUUGGGUGUGAGUGGUUGACGCUGACUGUAAACUCAACAUGUUUAGUGUGUUUCAUUGCUGUCUUUAUAUUGAACAUCUGCUGCUGAGGUUUAGUUUUCUAAUAGCUCCUUCAGCUCGUCCUGUGAUUGGUUGGAUGGUUAUAUUCUCCAUCAACAGUUCCAACUCUAUAUGUAUAUCUGAAAAUAUUUAUUUUUCUUCAGAUUUAUUUAUAUCAUCAUUUAAAUAUAUUAAAUUUAAGAUCAAAAGUACAUUUAAAGGUUUAUAUAUAUAUAUAUUUAUAUGGAAAUUCAAAUCAUUCAUAACACUUUAAAAGCAGAGCUGUAUUGUUAACCUGAGGGAUUCAGACUGUUUUGUUUCUGCUACACAUUGAUUGGACGGUGUGAUGGUCUGAUUGGAGCUCUUUAUCAUUGUUUGUAGUGAUUAUUGUUCUAGUGGUCCUUUUAAGCCAGACAUGCCUGUAAUGGCAAAGCCAUCACCUGAAGUAAAGCUGCCUGUGUUUUAACAAUGUGUUGGAAUGUUGGAUGUCUUCAGGUCAUGAUUGUGUAAAAUGAUGUCCGUGUUCCUGUUCUCUGUGUACGAGUCGUUUUAAAUUCCCAUUCAUCUGUGUAAACUGUGUUUGUGUUUAUGCGCUGUGAGCUUAUUGACUGGUUCAGUAGAAACUGCAUGUGUUAUUACUAAAUGUCUCCUGUCGGUGCCUCGGGUUUCAUGUCUGACUGUAAAAUAAAGGCUGCUGCCUCAGUGGCUUUUAUUAUCUGCAUAUUUACAUAGAUGGAACUGGAUUACAUGACAAAAUAUGCCAUGUGCAAUAUUUCACCCUACAAACCCAGAUGUUUAGAAAAUAUAUUGAAUAUUUUUGUUUUUACCAUGGCUGUGUUUAAAUGUACGAUGUAUCAUGAAACAUCUAUAUUCAUAGCCAGAUGUGUACAAGGUUUUACAUUCAUUCAUCUUUUCUUACAGAUGAAUAAUCUGACCAUUGGAAAUGAAGAGAAACUCAACCUUACAUUUGAGAAAAGAGUUCCUCACGGCUCCCCUUACAAUUCCUAUCAAGUUAAUCUGACAUAUUAGCUUAUUAAAAUGUAUAUUCCACUUA